UUUUUUUUUUUUUUUAUUCCUAAGAAUCUGAAGUUUGGUGUGAAUGUAUUGUUUGAGUUUAACAUGUUUCACAUAUAUGUGUAUUCGCGCCAAAUUUCAUUUGUAUUUGUGCUGCAAACAUUUUGUACUGCUGACAUUUAAAUCUAUGAAUGUGUGAGUGAUUCUGCUUCUGAUUCUGUUUUUAAAACCAGAAGAGAAAUUCUCUUUUUUUUUUCAGAAUCAGAACUGUCAGUUUUGUCCAAUUGAACGCAUUCAGAUUGCUUUUUUUUGCUUCCAGAUUGCCAAUUAAAAACGCCAUAUAUAGCUUGGAGUGACACUUUUUGAAUUUUGGAAAACGACAUUUAAUUGUAAUAGAACACAUGCACACCUAUAUUUCGGUCUUUUAAUGUAAGGCAUUAAGCCGUCAAACAUUGCUUCACAGCAUGUUAUUCAGUGUAAACUUUCGUUCAAAUCUAACACAAAGAAGCUGUCACCUGUCAAAGAAACAAUUUUCCCGCCGAUACUUUUUUACGAAACUAUUUAUCAACAAUUAUCAAGCAAUUUAAAUAACAAAAACACAACUAGUUCUAAUUCACUAUAUUUUAAAAGCUAAAAAUUGUGUUAGAUGCCUGUCCAAUAGAAAUAAAUAAAGGAUUAAAUAAAAUAUGCACAAAAUGAGUGGUGUCCAGGUCGACCAGGAAUUAUUUUUACAAGCGUUUGAAAAGCCUACGCAAAUAUAUCGUUUUCUCAGAAAUCGCCAUGCCACAAGUCCAAUAUUUUUAAACCGAACGCUCAGCUAUAUGAAAGGUCGAAUGUCAAGGAGCAAUAAAAAGCGUUCGACUUUUAAAGUAAACACGCUUCUCGACACAAUUUUGCAUAAAACAGGAACCAUGGGUAACUAUUUGAACAUAGUUUUCAUUGGAUUAUUCGACAAAAAAGACGAAGAGUGGAAAACCGGGGACAAGGUUAAUGUCCAAACGACAUUGUAUAAAAUAUCAAGAAAUAAGCGCAAAGAAGGCAAUGCCAGUUUCCAGGAAAUUUUGACAAAAUUUUCAAGCGUUGUAAUAAAUCCGCAAACCAAACUCAAAGAUUAUCCAGCUGUCUCGAUUCCAAUGAAAGCGUUAAGCCCGCUGAGCGAUCAACACACUGUGUACAAGAUUAUGUUUAGCGUUUCCACUGCGUCAGAUUUAAAAAAUAAUUUCAAUUUACAAAAUGACGACGAUGUGCCAUCUAAACGACUCAAAUUGUCUUCCACAAACUUUGGAUGUGAGCUUGUAGUUUUUGAGAAAAACUGUGGAAGCAUUGGAGAAGGAGAGUACGAAGCGGCUCUCCAGGAAUUUUCUUCAAGUAGUAUUAAAACAUUUUCACCAAAGAAAAAAACAUGGGAAACACUACCAGACACAUACACCCCAGUUACGCUUAAAUUUCAAGUCUUUCAUCAAUGUCUAAUGCUUAAAUUCAGUUUAUAUUGGUCAAAUACUUCGAUAUCAAACAAUGUGAAGGCCGAAGAUGUAUGCGAGUAUGCUGUUUCCGACAUGAAAAAUUCCGAUUACGAUUGCAAUAAAACAGUCAAUUAUUUAAACAACACUGCUAUACAUUCGCAUUCAAACACUUUCAAAUCAAAAUUUUUAGUCGAGGAAAAACUUCAAAUAGUUUACAACUUUAUUUAUAACAACAACACACGCCAGCAAACAGAAUACACCCAGGAGGUGGUAUGUCCGUGGUGUGGGCUAGACUGUUUGCGUUUAUACGCAUUAUUGAAACACUUGAAAUUGUGUCAUGCUAGAUUUAAUUUUGCGUAUCAUCCCGAUGGCAAUGGGGCUCGAAUAGAUGUUACAAUUAAUGAUUUGUAUGAUGGUUCAUAUGCUGGAUCAGCCUACGAUCUAGUGGGUGCAUCUCGACGUUCUUUUACUGGAACAUGUGGGCCAGUGAGGAGGACAUCCAUCACCAAUCUACUUGUAUGUCAUCCACGUCGUCAAAAAACUAGUCUUGAUGAAUUUCUUGUAUUGGACGAGGAUGAUUUGAUAAACCAGAAACUGUACAGAACAGGUCAUAACCGGCUCUACUACCAUACCGAAACGUUCUUGCCUGUUCAUUCAAAUGAGCUUGAUAUCGAUUCCGAAGGAGAAAGUGAUCCUCUUUGGUUGCGUAAGAAAGUAGGUCAAAUGAUAGACGAAUUUUCUGAUGUUAAUGAAGGCGAAAAAGAACUAAUGAAAUUAUGGAACCUCCAUAUUAUAAAAAAUAAAUAUGUUGGUGACUGUCAGCUUGCGUUGAUCUGCGAUAGAUUUUUGGAUGCAUAUGGAAUAGAAAUCAUACGAAAAAAUUUGUACCGCAAUUUUAUUUUACAUAUGUGUUCUUUGUUCGAUUACGGUCUUGUUUCACCUGAGAUUUUAUAUAAAACGAUUAAAAAACUCCAACUAAUUUUAAGCAAGUACCCAGAAGGUCAAAAAAUACUAUCAGAGUCUGGCGCAGCCCAGCAAGAAUUUUGGAUGAAAGUGGGAAUCCACAAACAGGAACAAAAACUUAAAUCUCCUCAAAAACAUAGUGAGAAUAAAAAUACCACAGAUGGAUGCUCUAAUGCCUCAUUAAGAAGUAAAUCAAAGACAAUGAAGCCUAAAUCCGGUAUCGUUAAACGGAAGCACAACAGCAGAAAAUGA